UCUGCCGUGGAUCGUCGGACCGUUCAGUCUUUUUGUGUCGUUCAGUCUCAACCGAUUCGUGUGAUCGACAGCACAGCUCAAAUUUUUUUUAUUUUUUUUCUAAUUCCUUGAAGUAACUAAAAACACAAAUCAAAAUGGCUGAUGAUGAGGCUAAGAAGGCUAAACAGGCUGAGAUCGAGCGCAAGCGUGCUGAGGUGCGCAAGCGCAUGGAGGAAGCCUCCAAGGCCAAAAAGGCCAAGAAGGGUUUCAUGACUCCAGAGAGGAAGAAGAAACUCCGGUUGUUGCUGCGCAAGAAAGCCGCUGAGGAAUUGAAGAAAGAACAAGAACGCAAAGCAGCUGAACGUAGACGCAUCAUUGAAGAACGUUGCGGCAGCCCCAGGAAUCUCAGUGAUGCCAGUGAAGCCGAAUUGCAAACAAUAUGCAAACAAUAUUGGGAGCGCCUUUACAAAUUGGAGGGCGAUAAAUUUGAUUUAGAACACGUGCAGAAAGUCAAAGCACAAGAGAUCAACGAUCUCAAUGCCCAAGUUAACGAUCUACGUGGCAAAUUCGUUAAGCCAGCCUUGAAGAAGGUCUCCAAAUACGAAAACAAAUUCGCCAAGCUGCAGAAGAAGGCCGCUGAAUUCAACUUCCGCAACCAACUUAAGGUGGUCAAGAAGAAGGAAUUCACAUUGGAGGAGGAAGAGAAGGAGAAAAAGAUUAAAGAUGCCGCUGUGCUAAAACAAGCCAAAAAGUAAGAAACCCGACUGGUCCAAGGGCAAACCCGGCGAUGCCAAGGUAAAGGAGGAGGUUGAGGCCGAAGCUUAAGUGUCCACUUGUGUCCACACACAGACCCGUGACUCCCGCCCUAAAUUAAUUAAUUCAAACAAAAUCAAAAAUUUACAACAAUUUUUCUGAAGCAAAUAGAACUACAUAUACCGAUAUAUAUGUCGCAAUAUAUAUACAUACUAUAUGAAAUCAAUAAACAACAGCAACAUCUUAACAAGCAGAAAAUAAUUCACUGAGGGACUCGCACACCAACUGAACAUCUGAGCCGUUUUGAUGAAUUUUAAUUAUAUUUCAUUAUUUACAAAUUAUAUUUUUUAAUGUAAAUUAAAUUAAAUUACAAAAAAAAGAAAAACCAG